AUGGACGUUACUUCGCAACGUAAAACUAAUCCUCGUUCGAUAACAUUCCAAAAAAUGGAGAGAAUUGUAAAAGCGAUGCAACAUCCAGAAAAUGGUGUUCCUGUUCGAAGUCAAAAAUUAUUUUUAACAACUGUGCCAAAUGCAUUUACGGGCAACGAUAUUGCCGAAUGGAUGAUGAAUAAACUCAACAUAAAAGAUAUUACGGAAGCAUUACAUCUCGCUACAUUACUUUGCAACUAUGGUUAUUUCUUUCAUGUAACAACAAAUGGUACAAUACAAAUUAAAGAGGACAAUGAAUUAUUUCGUUUUCAGCGUGCAUUGGACGAUUUAAAGAAAAAGCUUCUUCAUCAAUGGGAUUUUAUAACCAUGCAAGCCGAAUCUCAAUUUCGAGUUUUGAAAGAUCGUAAAAAAACGGACAAGACAAUUAUUGACAGUCAAGAACGUGCAUUCUGGCAUGUUAUGCGACCUUCGCCUGAUGAAACAUCUGUACUAGAUAUGGACAUUCGCAAUGAUUUAUAUACUUAUCGACCAAUUAAACGAGAAGACGCCAUAAAAAGACGACUUGAAUAUCUUCAACAAGCGCUCAGCAAUAGAGUUCGUACAAAGGCUUCUCAAACUCAUCAAAGUUUAUGUGCAUUUUUUGAAAUAUUUUCCGAUUAUGAUCCGUUUCUUGGACAUUGUCAACCAUCGAAUCCAUGGAUUACAGAUGAUACAUUAAUGUGGGAUGUCCUUACACCACUCGUUGACAAUCCUACUCAAUUGCGUGUUCGUCGCUGGUCAUUUAAUGUUAAAGAAUUGCUGCGUGAUCCAACUGGUGUUCGAGAAUUUCAGAAAUUUUGUGUGUCAGAAUUUUCAACAGAAAGUCUCAAUUUUUAUCUUCAUGUACAAGAAAUACGCAGAUGUCCAUUAAGUCAAGUUAAACAAAAAGCUGAAACUCUCUAUCGCGAACAUCUAGCCCCAAAUGCACCACAUGAAGUCAACAUCAAUGAUAUGAUUCGAAGUAAAAUUGUUAAGCAAAUGACUAAUCCAACCAGAGACAUUUUUAUAGAAGCCGAAAGACAUAUUAUCGAGUUAAUUAAAAAAAAUAGUUAUUCACGUUUUAUUCAAUCAGAAUAUUAUCGUCAACUGUUAAUGAAUGCUCCAAAUCCAAUGCCAAAGAAAACUGGGAUAUUUCAUUUUGUCAAAGACACUUAUUUUCGUACAUCAGAUUCAUCAAGUUCAGAUUAUGAUUCGGAUGAAUCGGGAGAACAACAUCAUAAUAAUAAUGCUCUAGUUGGUGGUAGAGAGAAGGAAGCAAAACAACAACAUGCUAUGGUAACAUCAGCCAGCGGACAGGUUGCUGCUACAGCGACAACAGUAACACCAAACGUGGUAACAAAUGUUGAAGUUACAAGACCGACGAGUGGUGCGGGAAAGUUUCAUCAUCGAUAA